GACGUCAGUCUGUAUUGUGAUGUUGAAGCUGUCAUUGUUGUGUUAGUGCUCCACUGACAAUGUGUUACUCUUGUUGUCGUAAAGAUUGACAGUGUUGUCCUUAUUGUCUGUUAUAUGUAGUGUGAAGUGAAUAAAAAAUGAGCAUCAGAACAACUGUUGUUGUCACGCUUUUCAUUAUUAUCGGGGCAAAUGCAGAUAAAACAUCAAUUACCAUUAGCAAUGCAGCACUUGUCAGCGAUAACGGAAAUAACUGCGUACAAGACGGUGCUAUCAACAGAUGCACUGUCAGAAGGGGAGAGAUAACCACCUUCCAGGGAGUCCUCAAUAUCGACGGCGGGAAAUACACCCUUCUAGGUGUGGAUCCAAUCCUGAUCACGCUGGAAUGGACGAAGAAAGAGCUCGGAAAAGUGGUCAGGAGGACUAGGUUGUGUCAGAAGGUGGGAGGAGACGUGCAGAUUGAGGGAGGAUGCGGAGUCACCAUCAUGGCGGGAGGGCACUACAGACUAGUUCCGUUUCCGGUUAAGAUUCCAGAACUUGAACAAACCGUAAGAACCUAUUUCAGAGCGCUGGCAACAGCGAGAUGGACAGACGGAUCAAUCAGUGCAGAGAAAGAAAUUGGUAGAUGUGAAGUUAUUAUAGAGUGAAAAUGUGUAAAUUGUUAAAUUAAACACACACGCAAAUGGUAAUACUUCGAUUGAAAUAAAAACUUGCAUUUGGU